GCAGGAAGAGGUUGGUGGAGCUUUCGUCAGCCCCUGGCCUGCCCGCCUGCCCGCUUCCCUCCACCAGAGGCCUACCUCCACGGGACCUGUGCUCCAAUACUACCAGCAUUUCCUGGCCUUGAUGUUUGCCAUUAACAAGUUCAACAAAGAUCCAGAACUCCUUCCCAACAUCACACUGGGUUUCCGUAUCUAUGAUGACUACCAGAACACAAGAAGGACCUACCUGGCUACACUAUCUCUGAUCUCCACACAGGGGCAAAUGGUUCCUAACUAUAACUGUGACAGAAUGAAGAAGCUGCUGUCGAUCAUUGGGGGUCUUGACUCAAAAAUCUCAAGGCAGAUAGCAUCCAUCUUGGGAAUUUUCAAGGUCUUGCAGCUUGGUUAUGGUUCAGUCAACCCUGUUCAAGCACAGAAAACCAUCUCUCCUUCCUUUUAUCGAAUUGAUCCCGAGGAACUCCCAGAGUAUGUAGGGCUAGUCCAGCUACUCCUAUAUUUCCACUGGAACUGGAUUGGACUGGUCACUUCGGAUGAUGAUCGUGGUGAACAUUUUAUCCAAACUCUGACUCCAAUGCUUGCUGAUAAGGACAUCUGUGUAGCCUUUACUGAAAUGUUUGAAGAGGAGUAUGAUAAGAGUGUAGUUGAUGAAAAACUGCAUUUCCUAUCCCAGUCUGAAGUGGUGGUUGUCUCUGGGGAUGCCAAUCUAAUAUCAAGAUUAAUAUAUAAACUGCGUUUAUUUAAACGCCAGAAACCUCAAUCACCAGGAAAGGUUUGGAUUUUGACAAGCCAAUGGGAUAUUGCUGCAACUGGAUUUCAAAAUCAAUGGUCAUAUCUCGAAUAUUUUCAUGGGGCUCUUUCAUUCCAAGUUCACAUAGGAGAUAUGCCAGGAUUUAGCCAGUUCCUCUUGACUUUAAAUCCAUCCCAGCCUGAGGGAGAUGUCUUUCCAUAUGACUGGUGGCAACUUGCCUUUAACUGUGUGAUUCUGAAAUCAGGGGUGGGUCCUAUAAAUGGUGUAGCUAAUUGUACAGGGGAGGAAAAGCUGGAGAACCUGCCAUCUUCCGUGUUCAAAACAAGCAUGACUACCCGCAGCUACUAUGUCUACAAUGCCAUCUAUUCCAUGGUGCAUGCAUUACAUGCUGUGUACUCAUCAGGAUCCAAAUGGGUCAUGACAGGGGACAGCAAUAAGCUUCCUGAUGUCCAGUCAUGGCAAAUUCUUGCCUCUCUAAGGAACACCCAGUUUAACAGCAGUGCUGCAACAGAACUAUAUAUUAAUGAAAAUGGCAAAUUAUCAGCUAUCUAUGAUAUUGUGAACUUCAUCUGUUUCCCAAAUCUAUCUACACUGCAUGUGAAAAUUGGAAAGAUGGACCCAGGAGCUCCUCCAGGCCAAGAUUUCACCAUCAACCCAGAUAUGAUUGUGUGGCCUACCCAGGCAAUCCCUUUUGCCAGGUGUGUAGAGAGAUGCCCUCCAGGGCACAGCAGAAAUGUUCUCAAGGGGAAGCCAGUUUGCUGCUAUGAAUGCAUCCGUUGUCCAGAAGGCACUGUUUCCAAUCUAACAGGUACUUCAAACACUGACAACCAGAUCAAAGUACAGAAGAUGCAGUUCGCUGUAACCAGUGCCCUGAAGAUCAAUACCCAAACAAAAACCAAGACCAGUGUAUCCCCAAAGUUAUCCACUUUCUUUCCUAUCAAGAGACUUUGGGACUUCCAUUCCUUGGUUGGCGAGAUCAUAGUGGAAUGUAAUGAAGGCUCCGUGACCAUGUUUUACAGUGUUCUGGGUUACAUGGGUUUCCUGGCCCUCCUCAGUUUCACGAUGGCUUUCCUAGCUAGAAAAUUGCCCAACAGUUAUAAUGAAGCUAAAUUUAUCACCUUCAGCAUGCUGGUGUUCUGCAGCGUUUGGGUCUCCUUUGUGCCAACCUACUUCAGCACAAAGGGGAAGUCCAUGGUGGCCAUGGAGGUCUUCUCCAUCUUGGCCUCUGAUGUGAGGCACACCACAGAGGAGGUGGAGGCUGUACUCGGCCGCCAGAUAGAUGAGCAGAUUGGCGGGUGUCCACACCUCUCCCUGGGCUUCAUUGUUAUGGACAAUGGCUCCAACGUGACUGCCGCCAUCGAGAUAGUCAUGGGCUGUCACCUGCUGGAGCAGAACAGAGCCCUUGAUGCCCUGGUGAAGGACGAGUCCUUGGCUGUGUGCAACCUCCUGAAUGCAGAGUGGAAGCACAUAUCUGAGGAGUCCAGCAGCGUGGCAUCCCAGGCCGCGGCACCAACUCUGCAGGCACUUCCUCCCACCAUGAAAGCAGCCCUGUGGUUUCAAUGGGUGUGCCUUGGCGCCUUGCCUGGUGUGCAGUAG